UAUGUGUAAAUGCAUGGUAAAACUAUGCAAACAUAUGCACUAAAAUAUACAUAUUUCUGUAUGUGUAUAUAGUAAUUAGAUUCUUCCUGGAAUUAUAAACUCGCUGCUACAAAUCAGCUCGCCGAAAGAGAGAAAAAGUUGAGAAUCAAGACGGCAUCAAUUUCCCGGAAAACUCCAAACACUUUCGUCUGAGCAAAUUGAAAUUCCAAAAAUUUUAAAGUACUUACAAUGGAUUUUUAUUUUGAAAAGCAAAGGAAGCAGGCAGAGUCAAUAAUUUGUGAUCAGGAACAUCAACCACUAAUUCAAUAUACGAAGUCACCAUUUGAGUUUCCUUCCCCAAAUUAUCAAUCAUAUCAGGAAAACGGCACCAAAUAUCUAAAAUGCUUAAAAGUCAUACCAGAGCCCCUCCAGAAACAACUGCAUGCAUGCGCAGGCGAGAUAUUCCUUAGUGGUAUACCGCCCGAGAUUCGAGCGGAGGCCAUUGCCGAGGUCGCUGCGCUAAUCGGAGAAUUAUACAUAUUAAGAUUCAAAGUCAACUUUUCUGGUGACUCUCGGGGCUUUGCGUAUCUUCAAUAUUUGAAUCCAACACUCAUGCAACUGGCUAUUAUACGCUUUCGCAGCUUACCGGCUCUUUUUCGACAGCAUUCUUUGCCGAUGAUUCGUGUACGCCAAUCACGUAAUUCCUCGAAACUAUUAUUGAAGAAGACGUAUCGCAUGUCACCCCAAAGUGUUUAUGAAUUGCUAUGCAAGCUAAUAAAUUUCGACAAACUAGUUGGACGGGAACUUUAUCCCGGCUAUUUCGAAUACCAAAUCAUCUUCAAAUGCAACGAGGAAGCAGUACAUGCCCGUCGCGAGCUUUUGCGCACCAUUUCUAAAUUCGGAAGAAAUGCCGUCGUACUAUGGGAUACUAGUAAUGAGGGAACAGAUGUUCUUAGCGACGAAUGCAACGCAAAUGCAGCAAACAGAUGCGGCGCCAGUGACUUGAAUCAAGAAUCGUUUCCUACGUCGCGUGAAAAAGGCUUCGCUGAUUUCGGCAAAAGCGUAAAUAUAAAAACGGAGGACAGUCAAAAAAUAUAUAAUUAAUGCAAUUAGAAGUUAGCACAAAUUUGGGUGGUAAAGAUCAUACAUACGUAUACACAUACAUACAUACAUAUGUAUAUGCAAAAUUACGUAAAUUUUAUUAAUUUA